CGAGAACCAGUCCGUACAGGUAAAAACAAUUUGAACUCAGGUGAAUCACAACAAAAAUGGCGUCUGGGAGAACGAAUUCUAAUGCUGGAGUUGGAAGACCCAGAGGAUGGAUGUUCUGGGCUGCGUAUGUUUUAGGAAUUGCAGCUUUCUUGUUUGUUUUCAUUGCCUUCGCAUCGCCAUAUUGGUAUAAAUCUUGGAGUCGAGUUCACAGUCCCUUGGCGAAUGUCGGAUUGUGGCAUAUUUGUUUAUCAGGAUGGGUGAAGCCUUACGAUCCUUCCAUGAGAUCCUACGUUGGAUGUUGGUGGAUACAUUCUACAUUCUUUGAAGAUGUUUAUGAUUUGAUAAUGCCACCGUGGUUCCGAGCAGUACAAGCCUUGGUAAUAUUCACAUUACUGUGUAACUUGGGAGCAUUAGCCAUACUUACAGCUUACAUAUGUGAUAUGUAUGGAUCACAUUUCUAUGACAACAGAAGACCAAAGUUAUUUUUCCUCAGUAGCAUUCUGUUGUUUGCUGCAGGUGGUUUGGUGUUAAUUGUCUCCCUUGUAUUUGCUGAGAAAUCUCGUGACGGAUCAUGGAUGCCAAGACCUUGGUUGAAUUAUCUGUCAUUUUCUUUUGGAUGUAAUGUCAUGAGUGGUUUUGCAUCAGCAUUUGCAGGAAUGAUCAUGUUCAUAAAAGCCACAGAUAUAAGGAGAAAGCCAGACAAGAAAGAACCAGAAGGUAUAGAGUUUGAUGAAAAGGUGGCUCCAAGUCAGGCUAGUGGCUCAGCUUACCUGCCACCAAUGAAAUCUGUUUACCCUGCACCACAACGGUUGCCACCAGCAAGUUAUUAUUCAGGACCGCCAAGGUCACAUGUGUCGUCAAGAGACAAUGCUCCAAGUAUUUCUAGCUCUGGAUCAGUCUUCCCACCCCCACCUAUGCCUGCACAACCAAUGUCAGGGGCUAAUGGAUCGGACAAAAAGAGUGAAUCUUUUGUAUAAUCUUAUUUGGUAUUGUUUCUUGUACAUAUUUGUAAAUGGAUUUUAUACAUAUCAAAGGAUAACUGUAAAUAUAUUGUAUAUAUAAAUAAGCUUUAAGAAUAGCCAUAAUUCUGUAAACUCUAGAUCUUGUAAAGAUGAGCUAGUCAUAUGACAAGGCUUCACACAUUCUUUAACAGUCAUGUCAACCUGCUUUUAAUGGUAAUUAUUAGAGUAUAAAACUUAUGUGUUGAUUUAACCCUUCCGAUAUAGAGUUAUGGCUAUACUUAGAUAAAAUAAUUAAGUGCCAUUUUGUAUUCUCAUAUUUCAAUUACUUAUAGAUUUAAAAAUACCUUUUGUACACUUUAUUAAAGAUUGUUGUUGGAAUCAAAGUUAUAAAAUAGAACUAAGAUAUUCAUCAGUAUUUCUCAGAUUCCUUACUGGGAGUUAACUAUAGCAUGUAGUGCACAUGUAAUAAAAUUUUUCAAGAGACAUUAUACAGUUAAAGUUUCAUGCACAUAUAAUUUGGCAAUAAGUAUGAUAGUUUUUAUGAUACAUUAGUUCAGAUUUGAUCACAUUCAUAACAUGUAUAUAAAGUAUUAAGAGAGUCAUAAGUGGCAUGAUAUUGACAUUUAUAUAUCAUACCAUUUUGUAUCCAGAUCACAUAUUCAAAUUUUAUUCAAACUUUUUCAUGAUCUGAACCAUAUAAUAUUAUUAAUCACCUAUAUUUUUUUUUUAUCUGCAUUGUAAUGAGGAGAUUCCCAAAGCAAGCAGUAGGCUUUGUUACAUUUAUUUCUCUAUGAGGAGAGGUGAGCUUGGCUUUAUACUAUUUCUAGUUUUCUCUUAAGGUUUGUUUUGUUAAUUUAAUAUAAAAUUAAGCUAGAUGCUUUAAAAGUUAAGAAUUUAAGGACAAGUGGAGCAAUAUAUUAAUUAUAAUGCAAACCAGACUUUGUUUUUGUCUAGAUCAUUACAGCCAUUUUCUGUUUUCAAGUUUGUACACAUAAUAUUUUUUUUUUAAAUGAAAAUUUAAAGCAAUAUAUAACAAACCAUUAGGACAUUUACAGGUGUAAUACCCAUGUAGCACCAGUAACUAUUUUUUUUUUGCUCUUGUCUUAUGUCUACAUUAUCAACUCAAGUUUUUUAUUCACCUGUUUUUUUUCUCAACAUUUAAUAUAUUUACUAUUAACAUUCCAAUAUGUAUUUAAUUGCAUACUUGCACACCAUGUCAAAAAUUUUCUGGUGAUUUUACACUGUAAAUAUCAUAUAUUGGACAAAACUAUGUAAUUAUGCAUUCUAAAAUAUAUUUUUACCAAUGGAUCAUAAAACAAUAAAAAUAUAAAGAUUU